AAUCAAAAGUGCAAAAUAGUAGUGUAGCAUAGCUACCAUUUUCAUAAAAAAAUGGUAUAUGAAAUGAAUUAGAAUAAUUGAGUAAGGUCAUAGUAUUAUUAAACACAAGAGGAAGGAUAGCCUCACCUAACACAGGUAUUUCAUUUUCACUUUUUAUCAUGUACAACCCAUUUUCACACAAAACGAAUAUUUGCCAUGGCAAUGAAGUGGAAACCUUGAGAUCAAUGUGACAGAAAGUAAAUCAAUCGGAAUUAAAUUUAGCACUUGCCUAUACAGACAAUGCACCGUUUUAAUGAAAUACCUCAAAAGUUGUUUUCCUUUAAGUGUGGGUUCAAUGUAAAAAUUUAUAUCGCUAUUGAAACGGGGUGUGGUGUAGGUAUAUAAAGAAUUAUUUUAUAUCUAUUGUUAUUGUAAGAUUGUACACCUAACACAACAUGUUUGUAAAACUGGCAUUGUUCUCCUGCUUCGUAGCUGCCGCUUUGGCAGUCUACAACGGUCCCCUGGCUGGAGGAGUCCCCGCUUCCCUGUACCCGGCUGGAAUUAGCCCGCACGCCUGCCCCAACUACCCUCAUUGCUCAAACCCAUCGGUCGCCGCUAACCCCAACGCCCCAGCUCCACCAGCCGCCUACGCACCACAACCCCACUAUGGACAAUACAACGCAGCACCCGCUUACCACGGCGGCUACGACCAAAACGCUUUGAACAGUGGAGUGUACACCGGUGACGGCGAUUACCACGGAGAAGGUUUGGCAGAAUCUGGCGCUUUCGGCGAUGUUAGCCAAGGCUACAACACUGCUCCAGCAUACAACCCGGCACCCGCACCAGCCCACUAUGCCGCACCGGCCCACUAUGCCGCACCCGCCGCCACCCUUCCAGCUGGUGUAAGCGCGCACAGUUGUCCGAACUACCCAUACUGCCACUAAUAGUCCAAAUUGACAUGAAACAGCCAGCUGACAAACUGUUGUUGUUGCCUCCUGUGAAUAUGUGAUGUACAAUUCUUAAGCUGUGUACUAUAUGUUCCAAUAUGUAAAAAAUUAUUUAAAAUUUAAAUAAACCAAUUUGUAAAUACAUUACCGACAUUGCUUUGAAAUAAAGUCUAUAAUUUAUUCUUA